UGUGCACUCUGGCAACCCUACGCUUAUGUCAAAGCUAAUACGGUUUCCUGUUUGCUUGCUUUGACAGCGCUCUUUCUACCAUUUGACAGCAACUGAGUGACAAUGGCAGUCCGAUACGAGCUGUGUAUUGGCCUUAACCGCGGCCACAAGACCACCAAAGUCAAGAAUGUUAAGUAUACCGGCGACAAGAAGGUCAAGGGUCUGCGUGGCUCCCGUUUGAAGAACAUUCAAACCCGUCACACAAAAUUCACCCGCGAUCUGGUCCGUGAGGUGGUUGGACACGCGCCCUACGAGAAGCGCACCAUGGAAUUGCUGAAGGUGUCCAAGGAUAAGCGUGCCCUCAAGUUCCUGAAGCGUCGCUUGGGCACACACAUCCGCGCCAAGAGGAAGCGCGAGGAACUGUCCAACAUUCUCACUCAGCUGAGGAAGGCUCAGACUCAUGCCAAGUAAAACGCUGGCAGCCAACAACGGAAAGCAGCGCAGCAGCAGAUUCAACAACAACAGAAACUACUGUGUGUGUGUGUUUUUUUUUUUGUUUUGCGCGGUGUUUUUUUUUUAAUCAACUUUCAACUGCAUUCAAGCAAGCAAGUGUAAAACAAAAAAGAAACAACAAUCUAACUACUUGAAUAGUCGAUGAAGCCACAAUUAAAAAACAAAUUAUUACAAUAAUCGCACUGCGCCAUAGUUUA